AUGGAGCAGCAGCGGAGCAACAGUACGGGCGGGGGCACCGAUCAAUCCAUCAUCCAUCCCCGUGACCAACCGGCGGUCGCAGCAGCAGCAGCAGCAGCAAUGUUUGACGAAAUAAAGCAGGAAAUUGGCAAGAUCGAUCCGUACGCGGAAACCAUCGAACAGACGUACCAUCUGCGAAAGUUCGGUGAACUGUUCCGGCGACGGAUCACCAGCGAUCAACUGCUAAGUGAUCUCUUUCUGGUUCUCAACGAGGAGGCACUGUCGAAUGCAAAGUUUGCCAUACAGCUGGCGAUUGUAUUUGCAUCCCGACAGCUAGCCGAUGCAUCGCUGUACGAGACGAAAAUCCGUAACGCCAUGAUCGCGACGCUGCAGCAGAAUUUUCUCACCAUCGAACGGUUGAAGCAGGAAAAUGUGCACCGAUUUUACAACUCCAUCACGCUGCUCGGCGAGUAUUACAACCGAAAGCGGGUAGCGUUUGGUAAACGUAUCCACAUCCUGGGACAAUCGUUGCUGCUGCUGUUGACUUCCGAGCUGGAGCAGGAAAUUAACAAAUCCUACCAGCAACCGGCGACGUACAGGUUGGAUUCGGAGUUCGCUAAACUUGUGCUAACGCAGAUCACGCUAAACGGUGAGGAUGCCAAGGUGGAACACAGGAAGGAAAUUAACGAUCUGCUGUACACGAUGCGGAAAACAUUGAUCGUCAUCCCGAAUCUGUGCGCUCGGGCGAAAUCAUUCCUGCUGAUGGCACUUGAUCUGUACCAUGGCCACCUAGGGGAAGGACUAUUCGAUAAGCUGUACGGCAAGUAUUUGACGGAGCCAGAUCUAGCUCCGGAGGGGGAGCAACAUGCCACCGACGUCUUAAACGGGGACGUGCCGCCAAAGGUGAUCGGAAUGGAAUCGGUUCAGUCAACACAAAAACAACCAGCAACGGACGAAAGGAGGAAGGAAAAGCAUGGAAAAAAGACACCCGUUACUGAUACACCCGGACAGAAAGCGCCUAAAGCGUCUAAAUCCAGCACAUCAUCGAAUCGUACCUCUGGUGCAACUAAAGCUGCCAACCCGAACAAUACAACCAACGAUAAAGAAAACAAACGUCGCUCAACGCAAACGAAGACGGCACAGGGGGAGAAAACUUCCCCGAAGACAACGACCGGCAGUCGGUCGAUUCGUUUGCACGAAGAUGGCAACAUUGUCGCUACGAUUACACGGGACACACCGACCACUCCGACGAAGAAGCAUCCACCCAUCACGGCACAACCGCCAUCACCUCAAAAAUCAAACCCAACCCGUUCGCCGACUUCCACCAAACAGAAACAUUCACCGCGAAUGGAAAAGCUGGCAACACUGCCGAAGAUCACCAUCACCACCGCGACACCGUCGCCGAAGCAUUCGCAAGACAAACCCGCGGCCAUCUCGCCCCGGGCCGUACUGGGACCAUCGAUAGCGAAACAGAAACCACAUCCACCCCCGAAAAGUCCUACCCACGGUCGAGAGGGAAUGCAACAUGCGGCGAAGAAUGUCCCCCAGGUGCCUCGAACCCGUCACGAUCGAAAUGUCCGUGAUCCUGUCAAAGGAAACCCAGUGGUGGACGUACAAGGAUCGAAUGGAAUUCCAAGCAAAGAAACGGUCCCACUGAACACAGAACACAGGAAUGGCGGUGAUGAGGUAAAGCGUACAGAGGUAGACCAGAAUACGCGGACAAAUGAGUCGCCCCUACAAAACGUUCCUCAGGAACCGGCCAGGCUCGAUUGGAGUAUACCGCCCGAAACCGCCGAAAUCCGGACAAAUGAUAUACCGCCCGAAUCCGAAUACCCCACGGAGGACGUAACGAAGCGUGAUCCGAAAGCGAACAGUGUGGAUGGCGGGAUGCCGACGGCUAAACCCAAACUGAAACCUUCCUACUUUCGGGAGGAAAACGUGGAAAACCUGUCCUGGGAUGCACUGAUUCCGCUCGAUGACGAAUCACCGCAGAAGGUGAACCCGCACACCAAAUCGUUCCUAUCGUUUUUAGCCAGCGAAUGACACUGCGAGAGAAAUAUUUCCUAACUAAUAAAGUAUUCCUAUUCGUAGACGAUAAAAAAGUUGCUCCAGCGAACUGCAGCAACUGAAUUGAAUUGUAUAAUAAAAAAAACGUAACACUUAAGCAACACGGCAGAAGGCAUUUAGUGAAGCUAGAAUUAGGUUUAAGAUAUGAAAGUUGUAUAUUGAAUAAACAGUGAAAGGAAGACAAGACGGCAUGAUUACGUUAAUAAGUGAUUUCGGCAUUAGUACGGAAAAUGGCAAAACUACGAAAAUACAUGUUUGUUUUUUUGAUAACAGAAUAUGAUACCGCAGUUUCAUUGCUUUUCAUUAACCAACCUCCUCCUCCUUGCUAUAUUGUUUUAGCUAUAAUUUCCACCUCUCAAGAUACGGUGCAGCACUUUGUCACGAAGCUGCCAAAUG